AUGACCACCUCUCAAUCCACAUCUCAAGUCCGGGUUGAACCAAUCACCGAUGCUGAUGAUUUCUCACGCUGUUUUGCUAUCUCCGCCGCGGCAUUCGGCACCCAAACCGCAGACGGCAUCUGGACAGCAUUCAACCCCGGCUGGGAAACACCAGAUGGCGAGAUCUUAGGUGCCAGUCGCCUACAGAGCCGAUGGGCUGCUCGCAAGUCCACUGAAUCCGGGAACCCAAAUGUCGUCUUCCUGAAAGCUACAGUUCAAGAUCCAUCUUCCCCUGGCGGCGAGGCAAUUGCUGGCAUGGCGAUCUGGGUACAGCUUUCGACGGUAGAAGGACACGGGGAUAUACCAAAAACCGAACUUAUUGAGGGAUUGCAACUGAAUACUUUGUAUCCCGACGAUGAAUCGUCGCAGAAGUUUCUGUGUCAGGUGAUUCAAUCCUUGACGAAACAGCGCACUGAAGUCGUGAAGGAAGCAGCGACUCGUGACCCACCUGCAAUCAUGGCUUUGGAUCUUUGCGCUGUGGAUCCGGCCUUUCAAAGGAGGGGUGUUGCUGGGGAAUUGGUGCAAUGGGGUUUGGAUGAGGCGAAGAGGAGGGGUGGAUUGGAGGCUGUUAUGGAGGCUUCGAAGAAGGGACGGAGUGUCUAUGCAAGGUAUGGAUUCAAGCAGGAGGGAGAAGAGAUCGCAUAUAUCCUUGACGACGAGUUUAAAGAUAGGUCGAUGCCUUCUAAUGUUUUUAUGAGGACUGGAUACUCGCAGAAAGGUACGACAUAA